UCUUCUUUCUACUACACAUUAAUCCAACAAGCUAGUAGUAGUGGUCUGUGGUAGAUAAAGAGUAGUGGCACUAGUAGUACUGUUGAGCACUGCAACGGCCGAUCAGGAAGGAGCUUAGCUCACACACACAGAUACAACAGAAAGAGCAUGCCGAACCAGUUCCUUCAUAGCAUACCAUUGCGCAAUACGCGUAUCUGUAUGUACCCCUGAGCUGAGGCGCUGAGCUGAGCUAGGAUUCGUUCUAAGGUACCACUAUAUAAAAGCCGGAACAUGCCCGCCUCAACAAAAAGACCCAAGACCAGGCGAGGUCUCUGGCUCGCCGGUACAGCGUGCACAUCACCCAGCUCCUCCUUAUCGUACCAGCUGCUACUCCGUACCUAGCUUAUGAGCUAGCUCUCCAGCUCGGCGCAGCGCAGGAACCAUCAGGGGCGUCCGGGCAGGAAGAAAAUUAGGGAGAUCGAGUGAGAGGUUAUUGAUCUAGCUUGAUCAGUAGAGUACUCAGCCAUGGAGACCAUCCGUUGCUGCAUCGCGUGCAUCCUUCCUUGCGGGGCGCUGGACGUGGUGCGCAUCGUGCACUCCAACGGGCGCGUGGAGGAGAUCAGCGAGCCCGUACUGGCCGGCGAGAUCAUGAAGGCCUACCCCAAGCACGUCCUCCGGAAGCCGCCCUCCACGUGCCCCGCCGACGGCGGAGGCGGCGGCAUCGUCGUCCAGAAGCCAGUCAUCCUCCCGCCCAAUGCCGAGCUGCAGAAGGGCAAGAUCUACUUCCUCAUGCCGGUCAUGUCCCCGCCGGCGCCGGAGAAGAAGAAGCAGGCGGCGGCGAACCCGAAUUCGAAGGGCCCUCCGCCUUCCGCGGCGCGGCGGCGGCGGCGGAAGAAGGAAUCAUCCGGCGGCGACACGCCAGCGGCGACGUCGUCCCGUGGCGCCGCGGCGGAGGGCGAGAAGGAGCGGCUUCUGGCCAACGAGAGGUACCUGUCGGAGAUCAUGAAGGAGAAGGCGUCGACGGCGAGGGACCGGCGGCGCGGGCGCGUGGCCGUGUGGCGGCCGCACCUGGAGAGCAUCACCGAGGAUGACUUGUAAUCAAGCAAGGUGUUUGUUUUCCACUUUUUUUUACUUCUUCUUCUCCCAUUUUUUCUCUAGUUUCUCUUUUGUUAAUUCCUUGCUCGCGCUUUGUCUCUUUAUUUUUGCCCAUCUUUCUUUCUUUCUCCGGCCCGUCUCCUUGAGAGCAUCAUCCUCUCCCCUGCUCCCUUUACAGGGUGAAUGAUGCCUUUGUGAAGAAAAGAUACUGAUUUUUGCUACGGUCAACUUUUUCUCUUUACGAUUUACUACUC